CUUCUAUAUUUUCGUUCUGCGCAAAUCACAACACUGUCAGCCUGGCUGCAUCAGUACACCGGGAUAUUGUGUAACAAAACAAGCCGGAAAAUGUUCCAUAUCAUUAAACGCGGCAUUACUACGACGACGGCUCUAUCCGGGAAGAAGAAUUUCCGAAAGUUCUUGCUCUAUAACAAGCGGGGGACAAGGAUUUUCAAACAGCAGCGCGCCGCUAACCCUGACCUGUACGCUGACAUGCCAAUCGACAAGCGUGGUGUGCGCGAUACGGGAGUCACCAUUGAUGGCAAAUUCAUCGAAAUUCCGGAAAAGAUUCCCGAACUGAUUGUUCCAAACCUGGAUGGUUGUAAAUUUAAGCCUUACGUGUCAUAUAAGGCUCCCGAUGUAGUGCAGUCGGAAUUUACGAGCCAGGAUUUAUUCAACUCUGUGUACGCGCAGAAAAUCAUAAGCGAUUGGAAGAGUGGAAAACUGAACGAUGAUGGAAGUCCGAUAGAACCGUCGAAAGAGGAGGCAUUGUCAGCCGAUGAAGCAUGGGCUAGAGCGAGAAAAACUGGAUCAGAUAUCUUUUGAAUCGCACACCAUGGUCACAGUUUAAUUAGGAAAUAAACACACAUUUAUUAGGUAAAUCCUAACGCUGCAAUUGUCGUACAGCUACGGCAUUGAUUGGCGCAAAA